AUGUCAUUCAACGCCACCAAUGAGCAUUUAUCCUCGGUGCUCAGCACAUAUGCGGGCCGCGAUAAAGCACUCCGAUCGAUGGCGUUCUACCUCCAGCAUCGCUCGACGUCAAGUCCGACGCACUCAAAAGAGCUUCUCGCUCUUGCCAAACAGCUCAGCGCUGCUCGCCUAGUAAUGCGGCAGUUCAAUCAUCCGAGUAUGCUGAAAGCCUGCCAGCAGGUGAUCAACACAAUUCGAUCAGACCGCGUCGGAACAUCGAUAGAUCCGAUCGAAUUCGGCGCCGGAGCCGCCGUCACCGGAAUCUAUUCGAUUUACGGAUUCGUCGAGCUGUUUGCGUGGUUGUCCGACGCGAAAAUUUUGGCGUUCGAUUCGGCGCGCCUCUACCGCUAUUGCCUCUACCUAUGGCUGGUGGCGUUGGUGUCGGGAAUCAUCCGGCAGCUAAGGAUCAUCUCAAGGAAGAGCAUCGACAAGGCCAAAGACGACAUCAUCACACUAAUCGGAUUAAGCGCCGACUUUAUCAGCGGCGUCAACUCACUACCGCACAAGGUGCUCUGGGCGGGCAAGCUGAGCCUCAAACAAUCCGCGUCAUUCUCCCUUCUCGCCUCCAUCAUAGGAUUCUACAAAUUAUGGUAUCAACUCUUAUCAAUCAAUUUAUCAUUUUUUUGCUCCGGUUUUGCAGUGACCGGAGCCGCUGGCUUCAUUGGAAGCCAUACGGUGCUCGAGCUUGUCGACGCCGGCCACACCGUUUUGUGCAUUGACAAUUUUGCGAACGCGAUUCCUGAUGAGAAUGGAAACGCGGUGUCGCUUCGCAGAGUCUCCGAGAUUGUUGGCAAACCGAUACCGUUUGAGAAUGUUGAUGUUUGCGAUGAAGAGGCGCUGGAAAAUGUAUUCGCCACGAACAAAUUCGAUGGUGUCAUCCAUUUGGCGGCUUUAAAGGCGGUUGGCGAAUCGGUCGCCGAACCAUUGAAAUAUUAUCAGAAUAAUUUGGUGGCUAGCUUGAAUUUGUGCAAGAUGUGCUUAAAGUACAAUGUGAACAAUUUUGUGUUUUCGAGUAGCGCGACCGUCUACGGUUCGCCGAAAGAGCUGCCGAUCACUGAGAGCAGUCCGACGGGUCAGGGGAUCACGAAUCCCUACGGCCAGACGAAAUACAUGAUGGAGCAGAUUCUCAUCGACGUCGCCAAAGCGAAUACGAAUUGGAAUGUGAUUAUUUUGAGAUACUUCAACCCGGUGGGCGCCCACAAAUCGGGAAUGAUCGGAGAAGAUCCGAAAGGCGUUCCGAACAAUCUAAUGCCGUAUGUGAGUCAGGUCGCCAUUGGCAAAUUGAAGGUGCUGACGAUCUAUGGCGACAAGUUUGACACGAUUGAUGGCACCGGCGUUCGAGAUUACAUUCAUGUCGUCGAUCUUGCCAAAGGUCAUGUCAAGGCCUUGGAUCGCGUCCGUGCGCAAGGAAACAUUGGAAUCGAGAUCUACAAUUUGGGAACCGGCGUCGGCUAUUCGGUUCGCCAAAUGGUGGAGGCGAUGAAGAAGGCGAGUGGUCGUGAGAUUCCCACGCAGAUUGGUGUGCCGAGGCCCGGCGAUGUCGCGUCGGUCUAUUGCGAUCCGAGUCUCGCCGCUGAGAAGCUCGGAUGGAAAGCCGAGUUUGGUCUCGACGAGAUGUGCGCCGAUCUUUGGAAUUGGCAAUCGAAGAAUCCCAAAGGAUUCGCCGCCUAA